AUGAAUCCUCAACCAACGGCGCCUCGGACUCCCAAGUCCGCUGCCAUUAACGGCAUCAUCAAGGAGAAGCAGAAUCGACCCGACCUCGAAACACUCAAACGUCUCUACCAAAAGCUCCAUGCAGACCCCGAGCUCCCCGGUCGCGAAGAGCAUACUGCACAUGUCGUAAAAACUCACCUCGAAGCUCUCGGGUUCAGAGUUCGUGCUCGCAUCGGCGGCCACGGCGUUGUGGGAGUGUUAGACAACCAACGCGGGCCACGCGGCCGUACCGUUCUCCUCAAGGCCGAGCUCGAUGCUCUGCCCAUACAAGAGAAAACAAACCUAUCAUACGCAAGCACCAAAAGAAUCAAAGAUCCCGUCGACAAAAAAAGGAAGCCCGUCAUGCACGCCUCCGGCCAUGACAUGCACAUCACCAUGGUCCUAGCCGCAGCAGCACUCCUCCAAAAGGCCAAAAAGAAGUGGCGUGGCUGCCUCAUAGUUCUCUUCCAACCAGACUCACAAGGACGCGGUGCUAAGUCCAUGAUGGAAUCCGGACUAUACGACAAGUUCCAAUUUCCCAACCCAAACAUCGUAUUAUGUCAACACAUCAACAACAAAAGCGCAGGCAAGCUUCAGCUUCUAAGGGGUAACGACCUAGGAGAAAGGUUAUCAUUUCUCAUCACGAUCCCCGGAAAGGGAGGGCACUCGACCACCCCGGAAGGCUGUAUUAACCCCAUUCUCAUCGCCUCGUCGCUGGUGCCGGAACUCCAAACAAUGAUUCAAACGCUCUACAACCCAAACAGCCCCGCGCUUGUUACCUGCGUGAGAAUAAACGCGGGCCACGCUACCAACGAAAUCCCUGACAAGGCCGAGCUGACGGUCGAAGUCAGAGCCUUCUCUGGCGAUAUGAUGAAGCUGCUCGUUGAGGCGAUCGACCUCGUGGUGGGGAAGGAAUUCGAGAACGCGGGAGUAUUGAAGAAGAAGAAAACAAUCCAGAGGCUUGACCAGUUUGUUUCACCGCUUAUCAACGACCCAGAUGCGCUACACAAAAUUGGGGUGCAGUUUGAAGAUUAUUUUGGGCGGGAGCAGAUUCAACCCAUGAACCUGGAGAUGGCUAUGGGCAAGUUGGGUGAUGAUUUGGCUGUUCUUGCUCGAGAGGGCAUUCCCCAUGCGUAUUGGACGCUUAGGAGCACGAGUCCGGGUAUUUGGGACACGUAUGAGAGGGACGGGCGUUUGCAUGAGUUGCCGGAUACCCACACGGCCGAGUUUGCACCGGCCGAGGAGCCCACGUUGAGCGUGGGGAUGGAGGCGUUGGCGGUGGCAGCGUUGACGUAUCUGAAGACGGAGGGUGAGUUUUGA